UGAGACUAUUGCUUUGUCUCUAAUCUUGAUUGCAAAAAGAUAAAAGAGAAGCAAGGAAAUUUUGAAAACACAGUCUCUUUCAGAUCACAAAUUUGGACUUCAUUAAGCCAAAUGGUUCACCAAGGGGAAGUAGGUUUCAUUACGAGUCCAUGGUCUUGACUUAAGUUCUUUGGUAAAAACUAUAUUAAAAGAGUUUCCACAGAAGCUGCUUCACCUGGAAAGAGUAGUCGAACGCUCAGAGGAAGAACCCUUUUAAGAAACAUAUAUUUGGAUUUAACUGUGGGCGCUUUCAAGAAACAGAAAUAUGGGUGAUAAGAUUGACGAUGUUAUGUUGCCUGGUUUUCGGUUUCAUCCCACAGACGAGGAGCUUGUUGGGUUUUACCUGAAGAUAAAACUUCAGCACCGGACUCUUCCUAUUGAGCUGAUUAAGCAAGUCGACAUAUACAAAUACGAUCCAUGGGACCUUCCAACCCUGGCAUCUACUGGGGAGAAGGAAUGGUACUUCUACUGUCCAAGGGAUCGGAAAUACCGGAACAGUACACGGCCAAACCGUGUUACAGGAUCUGGAUUUUGGAAAGCCACCGGAACUGACAGGCCUAUAUAUUCAUCUUAUGAUACCAAAUGCAUUGGUUUGAAGAAGUCCCUGGUGUUCUAUAGAGGAAGAGCUGCAAAAGGAAUAAAAACUGACUGGAUGAUGCACGAAUUCCGACUUCCAUCGACCCCUGAAACUGGACUACCCAAGAAGCUCUCAGACAAGAAUCUUCCUCCAAAUGAUUCUUGGGCCAUUUGUAGGAUUUUCAAAAAGACGAAUUCAAUUGCACAAAGAGCUCUCAAUAACUCUUGGGUAACUUCAUUAUCUGAAACAUCACCAGAUUCAAUUAUUCAAGGUGGACACUAUGCUCAAUUUACUUCAGAGAAUAUCUCUUCAACCACUAAUACCAAAUCAAGCAUUCAGUUGUGUAGCAGCAAUCAAGGUUCUCCAUCUAACUUUUCCGAUCUCAGCUAUCCCUCGUAUAAACCAAUAAUUAGUAGACCAUCUAUUUCUGCAACCUCAAAUGGGGACUUCCUCAGUAACUUCAUGUUCUUAUCUCCUGACGAAGAGUCAGGACCAACGAACAAGAGUACAUUUGAUUUGACUUCCACGAUUUUCAAUUCUUCACCUGCUUUUGUCGGUAAAACAUCAGAGUGUAUCGACUUUGAAGGACCACAACAUCAGUUUAAUAUCUUCCCAAUGAUUUCAUCACAAGAGAUGCAAGAAACUAUAAGCUUGGAAGAUGAUGAAUGGGGUCUGAGAAGAACGGUUGCGUUUCCGUUCAAUUUGCCAUCUACUGUACCAGAUGAAUUGAAGUCUAAUUUGCCAUGGGAUUCUCCCCCCUGUCCUAGUGAAUUCUCUGCUUCUUAUUCUACAAACAAUUGUUAUACAUAGUCCCAUUACAAAGAAAGGGCGAUAGUCUUCUUUUUAGCUUUGUCUUGAGCAAGCAAAGCCUUGUACAAACUGUAUUCCAUUCAGUACCACUGCACAGUUAUUCCUGUA